GUUUUGGAUGUUCUUUAAUUUAUUUCUUUAUUUUUUUUAGGAAACGUUACAUCCAAGAAAUCUUAUCCCAGAGCUUUGUAGACUGUUUUAUGGUUUAGGCUGGGUAACAGGAACUGGAGGAGGAAUCAGCUUGAAGCAUGGGAAUGAAAUCUACAUCGCUCCUUCCGGAGUGCAAAAGGAAAGAAUACAGCCAGAAGAUAUGUUUGUUUGUGACAUGAACCAACAGGACAUCAGUGGUCCUCCACCGCACAAGAAACUGAAGAAAAGCCAGUGUACACCUCUGUUCAUGAAUGCCUACACUAUGAGAGGGGCAGGCGCAGUGAUCCAUACUCAUUCCAAGGCUGCUGUUAUGGCUACCCUUUUGUACCCAGGGAGUGAGUUCAGUAUCACCCAUCAGGAGAUGAUAAAAGGAAUCCAGAAGUGUACUUCAGGAGGCUAUUACCGAUAUGAUGAUACCCUAGUGGUUCCCAUUAUUGAGAACACACCAGAAGAGAAGGAUCUCAAGGAAAGAAUGGCGCGUGCCAUGGAAAAGUACCCGGACUCGUGUGCUGUAUUGGUCAGACGUCACGGAGUUUAUGUGUGGGGAGAAACGUGGGAAAAAGCCAAAACAAUGUGUGAGUGUUAUGAUUACCUGUUUGAUAUUGCAGUGCAGAUGAAGCAGCAUGGCCUAGAUCCUUCAAAACAUCCAGCAGGAGAAAACGGGAUUCUGUAAAUGACAACAUUUAUAUUCAGGUCUCUUACAUGAUAAUGGGAACUCCAGGUUGCACCUCAUGCUGUUAAAACCAGAAGGGUGUGCU